AUGGAGAAGAUUUUCACAAUGAUUGAUUGCACCGAAGAUUGCAAGAUUCGGUGUGCCGCCUAUAUGUUGAAAGGCGAAGCCGAUGCCUGGUGGAGGUCAACGAAGCCCAACCUUGUUAUUACCCAUCCUAACCUUACUUGGGAGCAAUUCAAGGAGGCUUUCUUUGAGAAUUAUUUUUCGGAGAGCUACCAUGAAAGAAAGGCUGCAGAGUUCAUGGAUGUCACUCAAGGAUCCAAAUCAGUUCUUGAGUGUCAGCAGAAGUUUGAGGAGCUAUUCCAUUUUGCUCCCAUUCAUUUGAAGGAUGAUGUUGAGAAGGGUAAGAGGUUUGAAAAGGGUUUGAGGCCAGGGAUAAGCUCGAUCUUGGUAUCUCAUGGACCCCAGACUUAUGCUGAGAUAGUCCAAGUAGCUAAAUCUAUUGAGGACAGACAGAGGGAUUUUUACCUUGCUCAAUCGGGUCAUGGCAAGAGGGCAGCCAUAACACCAUUUAGCCGUGAACCGAGCAAGGUCCCUUGA